AGGAGGAAUGACCGACAGACAGGUACGAUGUCCUUAGUCGACGCCCCAUGCUCACACGCACAAACACACACACAAACACGAAUCGUCACACGAUAUUGCGCUCGAGCACUUUGGUCCGUCCCUCUAUCAGUCGGUCAAAGGCAAACAGAGAGAGGUCUAUCGACACCCACCUGCCACAUAAAAUCAGCUCAGCUAUCGCACGACCGGCAGCCGGGGCGUGCUGCAGCCCAUGGCCCGAGAAACCUGCAGGCAUACCGUCAGACAGCACACGACACGACUACACUCAAUGAAUGCAUCCCCGAGCAGUCUGCCUAACUCAUCACACCCCACCCACCAUUGCAGAAGAGAAGGCUGUCGACGUUCGGACUGGCACCCAUCACGGCGUUGUGGUCGUGCAGGUUCAUCUCGUAAUGGCCGGCCCAGCAGCUGACGCACCGGAGCGCCUCGAAGGCGGGGACGCGAGAGGCCAAUGCGGGCCACACACACUCCUCAAACAGACCGUCGGGCUGAACAACGCACAGCACGAUGUAACACACACCACUCGCGGCGCGCACGCACCUACGGGUCAUCCUAUCCUACCACGUCGAAGUCGUCUUGAAGUGCAUCGACAUCCUGCAGACAGACACCAUCGCAAAAAAAGCGAUCCGCAGUGCACCGGACACACACACACACAUCCACUCAUGGCUCUCGCGUACCUCAUCUGGCAGCGGGGACAUGCCCGUGAUGAAUCUGUUGUGGCCGCAGCCCUCCUUGCGGAAGUACACACCCCUCCCAGCGCUACUCGUCUGGUCCAGCACAGUCAGCGGACAGCCCUCGCUCAUCCCAUCCGGGCACUCAGCCACGUCCACAACGAAAAUGCAGCGCUUGCGCGCCCUCACGGGCAGCGACAGGCCAGCCAUCGCAGCAAUGCGUGCCGCCUGGCCGCCGGCGCAGUUAACGACCGUCCCGCACGCCACCCUGCCCCCCGUCUGCAGACACACGUGGGUAACUCGCCGAUGAGAUGACAAUUGAGACCAGCUGGGCAGCAGGGCCGCCAGAGCCGCCUCCUUGUCGGAUGCAGCCACUGGUGGAUCCAUCACCAAGUCGACCACCUCGUCGCUGACGUAUCUGACGCCCAUUGAGAUGGCCUUGUUCUUGAUGGCGUGUAGGAGGCUCUCGGCGUCAAAGCUCCCCUCUCCCGAUGUGCCAUACGUGCCGCCCGCCAGCCCUUCUGUCGAUAGCCACGGGAAGGAUUUCUUGAGCCCACCGGCGUCCAGCAUCGUGAUGUUGCUGCAGCCGUGCUUCAGCUGGACGGCAUGGUUCUCCUCGAGAGUGGGCAGGCCGGCCGGAGAGGACAAAAAGAGGUAGCCCGUUUCCCGAAAGCAGAUGUCGAUGGGGUCCUCGUCUGACCGGGCGAGGGCGUGUGGGGCAUCUGAAAGGAAGUGGGUGCCGAAUUGUGACAUCGUGAUGUUCUCGGGCAGGCUGAACUGGUGGCGGAUGGAGGCGGCCGAGCGUGUGGUGGACGAACGGAUAUACGUCUUGUCACGCUCGACCACCUAAGGGAACAAGGCAACAAAGGGGCUGUCGACCCCAUGGUGUGUGUUGAGUACUCGCGGACCAGUACGCGAGGCGCCAUUGAGGGCAUGUACUUCGCCAGAAAGUAGGCAGUAGCACUCCCCAUGAUGCCGCCUGCACUCACUCAUUCCCACGAGUGAGUCAGCAGCACACAUGUGGAUGAUUGGUGCUCAGCGCUUACCCCCGCAGAUGACGACAUCAUAUGUGUCGCUCUUGGCCGAGAAGCAGCGACGUCCUGCCGACCUGCUGCUGGCCCUCACCAACGCAUCGCACCUGCACGAACAGACGAAGCAAAGUGAGAUUGAUUGAUUCAUUCAUUCAUCUCCCUUUCUGGAGCACCACGUGCAAUGCAAUGCCUACCACACCAGGCAUACAUACCAUCUUGCAGCAGUAGAGGCAGCCUGGCACCCGAGCAUCGAUGAAAGAUAGAGAACCGAUGGAAAACGGAUGCAAUGGAUAAAGGUGCACGCAGAUCUAUGCUACCCUCACUGCACUCCUUCAACCGCAAACUUGGAAG